CUCGUGUUCCUUCCUCGUUCCUUCGCUCUUCCUGCACUGCACGUAUUGUCUCGUCUCAGAAGCAUCUUGAACAAUGGGCUUUGGCGACUUGAAAACCCCUGGCGGCCUCAAGGUCCUCAACGACUUUUUAGCCGACAAGAGCUACAUCGAGGGGUGGGUGCCCUCCCAGGCCGACGUGGCUGUGUUCGAUGCAAUCCCCUCAGCCCCCUCAACAGUCCAGUGCCAUGCUCUUCGCUGGUACAACCACAUCAAGUCAUUCCAGAACCAGAAGGACAGUUUGCCAGGAAUAAAGAAGCCCCUGGGCCAGUAUGGUCCUUCCGGGGUGGCGGACAACACAGCUGCAGACUCAAAGGAUGACGAUGAUGACAUGGACCUGUUUGGCUCUGACGACGAGGAGGACGCAGAGGCAGAAAGGCUGAAGGAGGAGAGAAUCGCAGCUUACGCCGCCAAGAAGUCAAAGAAGCCCACACUCAUCGCCAAGUCAUCGAUCCUGCUUGAUGUGAAACCGUGGGAUGAUGAGACGGACAUGGCCAAGCUGGAGGAGUGUGUUCGCAGCAUCUCAAUGGACGGCCUGCUUUGGGGACAGUCCAAGCUGGUACCAGUGGGCUAUGGCAUCAAGAAGCUGCAGAUCGGGUGUGUGGUAGAGGACGACAAGGUGGGAACAGACCAGCUGGAGGAACAGAUUACAGCCUUUGAGGACUACGUCCAGUCUAUGGAUGUGGCUGCCUUCAACAAGAUCUAAAAACUCAACACUUACCAACAAAGACACUGAGCACUUUGGAGCUGUAAUAAAAAGCACUUCAGAUGGAAAAUGUUUGUUACAUAUUCUGAUAAGUGGUUCUGCCUGGUUUAUGUAGCUUUUGAGUAAAGACUUGGGUGUUUGGGCUAAA